AUGGCAGGACGGUCCGUGGAGGGCAAGGUUCAACCUGAGGGGCUCUGGACGAAGGCUCCGACGAGGAAGUACCGACGCCUUGAGUGGAAGCCAACCCAGAAUAUCUUCAAGAGCGAAGUUGAGCGGGAGCUAGCGGAGAAAGACUUCAAGCGAGUCUCGGUGACUGUUAAGGUGAAGCUGCUCUACAUGCUGCCAGAGGGACUGCUCGCACCGAAGAGAGAUCUGGCCGGGAGCCUGCUCGCAAACGUGGAAGAGUCAGCGGACGUGGAGCUUCGGGCGCAGGGGUUCAGCGUGAAGGCUCAUUCUUGCGUCCUCGGUAUGCAGUCCGGAAUCCUGCACGCAUUCUUUGCCAAGAGGUGGGAAAGGGAGCGCCCCUUCGUCUUCGACUUGAGCAAGGCUGUUUCGGAGACCCUUUCAGAGACGGUGGUCCGGUCUGUCGUAAAGUACUGCUACACGCUGGAAGUUCCCAUCAUCAAGGAUUCUCCGCACAAGAUCGCUUUCCUUUCCCUGGCGGAUGAACUCGGCCUGGAAAGCCUGUUCCGAGACUGGAGCAAAGACUUCAAGCUGACCGGGCUCGAAGAUGUUCAAGAUGUGAUGACGUGGCCUGGGCUGGACUUGGAGCUCCCACACGUGAGUGCAUUGAAGAAGAAAGUGGAAGAGCAAGCGGUGCAGCUGGGCAAAAAAGAGCUCGAGAAGCACGGGCUGGAUCUCGCGAGAGAUGUGCUCUUGGCGGUGAAGAGGCGGCAGGAAGAAAUGGGAGACGACGAGGGACCAAGUGAGAGGCCUGAGGACGGGAGUGCUCGAGCGAAGGGGGUAGAAAUUAGGCGUGAGGAUUUUACCGCGCCACACAGGAAGAGAACUAGAAGGGGGUCCCUCAGAGGUAUGCUCGGGUGCUAG